UGUGCACGUUUUUAAACUUCCGCCGUUCUUCCGCCAAGGAGAAAGAUCUCGGAGAAAGUUUCUUCUCGCGGGAGUUUCGUCGAUAACAGGCCUCUUUUUUUACUCGCUUUUCUCUCCGCUCUUUUCACCGUCUUUCUCUACCUUUCUUUACCUUUACCCUCGUUCGAAAGAAACGAAAAAAAAAAAAGAAAAGGGGUAAACGCUUCUCGGAUUCGUUUUAUGCUGACGCUUUGAAGUUUAGAAAGAGGAAGCGUGAGAGAAAAAGAGAGAGAGAGAGAGAGAGAGAGAUUGACAUAUAAUUCUCAGGGCAUGGAGCAGUUCGAGCAACUGCUAACGUGCGCGAUAUGCCUGGACCGAUACAGGAACCCCAAGUUAUUGCCAUGCCAGCACAGCUUCUGCAUGGAACCGUGCAUGGACGGUCUGGUUGACUACGUGCGUCGGCAAGUGAAAUGUCCAGAAUGUCGAGCGGAGCAUCGUAUACCCUACCAGGGUGUGCAGGCCUUCCCGACCAACGUGACCCUGCAACGAUUCCUGGAAUUGCACAUCGAAAUCACCGGGGAGCUACCGGACCCGACCAGCGGUCAGACGAUGGAACGCUGCGGCGUCUGCUCGGAGAAGAGCUACUGCUCCCUGUGCGUCCACUGCGAGAAGAAGUGCUGCCCCGAGUGCAAGGACGCUCACAUGGACAUCCUCAGGCGUGAGAUCACGCGCAUCAAUUCCCAGAUACGAAGGGGGUUGCACAGGUUGCAGGACGCGCUCGCUCUGGUGGAGAAAAACACGUUGGGACUGCAAACAAACUGCGCCUCGGUGGCGGAAGAGGUGGACGAGAUUUAUCGGAGGCUAAGCAAGGCUUUGAAAGACCGUACGGAACAUCUGCGUAACGAGGUCGAUCGAUACCUGAGCACCGAGCUCAGAGGCUUGAUUCAGCUCAAAGAGAAUCUCGAACUGGAAAUUGCGAAUAUCCAGAGCAACUGCGAUCUGGCGGAGGCUCACAUCAAUGAAAACGUGCCGUGGGACGAUUCCGAGCUCCUCGACACGAAAGAACUGUUCCUGCGUACGGUGGAAUUCAUCAGGAACUUCGAGUACGAGGCCGGGGAUUACAGUCGGCGAGUGCGUUUCGUGAUGGCACACGACCCGAACCAGUUGGUCCUCCACGUAGCCGGCUACGGCGAGCUGAACAUUAAGCCGGAGACCGGAAGCGGAGGGUUGUUGGGCAGCUCGAGCAGUCUGGCACCUCCUGGAGGAUCACCGGGCCUCAUGAGAAGCAAGAGCGACCACCGUCUGGCAUCGCAGUACCGACAGCAGGAGGAAGAGCGACUGGCGAGAAAUCGAUACGUGCCCGAAUACGAGUACGACGCGCCAGAGUACGAAGUGCCGAGGAACAAAUCGAGGUACAGAAGCCGAUUCAUGCGGCACCGGGACGGGGACGACUCGGACGGCGACUCGAGGUCGACCGUGCGAUUCACGUCGACACCGCAGGAGACCUCGGGGCUUCGUGAACGUGUUCUGGACACAGAAGACGCGGCACGCGGACCGCUCUCCGGGAUUUUUCGGCUGACGGACUCGCCGCGCGUCAUGAAGAAGCUUCAAGAGUACGAGAGGGCCGGGAAAAGGAAGAAGGAGGAACCGGCGUCGCAUCCAGCUCAACAACCUCAACCACCGAAACCUCAGGUGCAAGUGAGAAAAGUGCCGACAGCAAUGGCGAGGCAAACCAGCGAGGACGACGAGAUUUCUAGGAUUAAAAAGCAGAACAAAACGGCGGCCGCACCUGCGACCGAAACGGUGGAGGAACGACAACCGGCACCGACACCUGCACCUGCUCAUCCACCCCCGAGGGAGGCGCCCGCCGAACGAGAACCGGAAGAACCUACGCGAAGACCGAUGCCCGCCAGGAGAACUUCGACGGAUACCCACACUCCUGCGACGAGAAGCGCUUCAUCAGACUCGAGCACCGGCUCGGAGAGCUCGGGAGGAUCGGGAAUCCGCAGCACCGGCGCGCCAUUCACCGCCGAGGAAAUGAAGCAGAAAUACUUGUCGAGGGCACCGGCGUCGAACGCAACAUCCACCGUCUCGUCGCCGCACAGCGGCACGCCACCAACCCCCAAGGACACAAACGCCAACGCCAAUGCCAACGCUAACGCCAACACCGCUCCCUCGUCGCGGUCCUUCCAGAGCCGUUUUUUAGGCACAGGUAACCGUGCAGCUCCGCCGCCGCCCGCGCAACCGCCCCCGGCGGCGCGAGACGAGACGACCGUGAAGAAGAAGGAGGAAGAGGAGGACGAGGACGAAGAGACGAGCAGCUCCUCGGAGGAGACGGAAUCCGAGACCGAGGAGGAAUCGGAAACCGACGCUCACCCGUCGACCACCACCACGACGUCGGCGACGACAGUGUCGAACGCUGCCCAGGAUCGUCAGAGGAACGAAUCGGCGAUGGCCAGAACUGACAUCGGGCCGCUGCUUGCUCGAAGCGCGGAGGCCAGACGCGGCAGCAAGGAGGACUCGCCGACCACCAGGUAUUCGUCGCCGAGAGGAAGUCCCGCGCAUUCGGUGACGAGCCCGACAACGACGGCGACGACGACGACAACGAGCGGCGCGGCGACGACACCGGCCGGCUACACCAGCAGGACGUUUAGUGACGAACACGAUGAACCGUCAACCGUCGAUCAUGUCGAGGUGGACGGGCUCGCGGCUACGAACGCGGAUUACGAUAUUGACGGAUCGAUGGUUGUUGUUAAACCGCAGUCGAACAACGAACGGACCCACGUACCGGACGAUAGUACGGACACCGACGAGACCGUCACCUCAUCCUUCUCCUCCUCCGCGGCCAGAUCCAAAAGUCACGAAGGUAGCGGUAACGACAGAGAUAGUCGGAUAGAGAACCGCAGCGUGGUCAACGAAGACGCGUUAGUGGAAGGUCGUUCGGGGAACGACGUGAACUCUUCGUUAUCCGCUCGGAUCGAGCGACUGCCGAUCGCUGCCCGAGAUAGCGGAUAUCAUCCGGACAAAACGAUCGCGAGACCUUUCGACGAAUCCUUGGGGACCUCGCCAGAAACGGCCAUCAACGGAGGCGAGUACGCGAAUCGGUACAGCGAUCGUCUCGGAGAGAACGUGCAAUCGAAUUCGGAGAGCGAAUCGGGUAGCACUACCGACAGCGGUUCGGAAACGGACGAGGAAGAGGAAUCCAGAGACGAGAAUAGCAACAUAAAGAGUAAAAAGGGGAGAAGUCCGGAGCUAGGUCGUACUCCGUCGCCAGAGCGAAGUGUGCCACGCGAGGACGAUUCCAGCGAGGACGAGUCGACCAGUUCCGAAACCGAGCGGAUCACCGUGUCAAACGUACCGUCCAACUCUCAUUCCGAAGACAGUCACACGCUUCUGGAGCCAUACGACGACAGAAGCGCCAAGCGGCGAAGUUCCUCGAUACUCGAGGAGAAAAGUAUCGAGGAGCUGUUCGACGACAACGGAUGGGUGAUUACCGAUCAGGAUCUGCAGGCAGAGACCACACGGAGAAUCUCGAAAAGUUUCGAGUCGAUCGAUCCCGACGACUCCCACGACGGUUCAAACGAGGAGAACGCCGACAAAGUGGAAGACGGCCACGGAACGACCGAAAAUGAAAAAGCAUCGGGCACGUCGGAGUCGUCCGGGAGUCUGUCGAGAAAUCGGGUGUACAGACAGAGUAGCAUCGGCAAGAACGGUUGGCUGGUGUCCGACGAGUCCGAGACCGAAUCCGACCGGGCCGUUUCACCGGUGAUUGGAAAUCCAAACGCGACUGAAAAUCCAGCGAGCAUCGAGAAGGAGCGAGUGAGACGCGACGGUCCAUCGACGAACGAGAAAGGAAGUGGCAAAGACUCGAUGGUGCCCGAUAACCUGGAAGAGAACGGGUUUCUGAACAAGAGCAGAAGCCAGGCGGCGAUGAUGGCAAAACGGGAACGGGAACGAGAACGAGAACGGGAACGAGAACGGGAACGGGAACGGGAACGGGAACGAGAACGAGAACGAGAACGCGAAAGAGAAAGAGAACGAGAGAGAGAGCGCGAACGAGACGCGGAGACGGAGGUCGACUCGCCACUGUCGGCGAGGUCGCGAUACGCCGCGUUGAAAGAGAGAAGACAACGGCUGGCGCGGUCCAGAAGCUCGCACAAUUUCGGCGGAGAUGACCUCGACCUCGACGAGGAGCCACCCUCUCCGACCACCCAGUCGCCGAACGCCUACUUGGCAGCCAAGUACGGAGCCGGGUCUGAACUGGCCAGAAGCCGGAGUACACACGCCCUGAAGUCAAGAGAGCCGAGCCCGGAACGCGACAGAGUUGGCACGGAGAAGGAUGGAGCAGCAUUGAGCUCGUGGGCACGUUACCUGAAGAACAAGUACGGGAAUCGCACCACCAAAGACAAGGAACCCUCGACCUCUGCAUCGACGAUUCCAUCGUCGUCCAGCGGAAGUGCAACCUCGAGGAGAUUGUCGCUGGGACUGCCUUUGAGGCACGGUGGUCAAACGUCCUUCGAAUCCUCCGACGACGAUCAAAAAAACCCGUCAGGCUCCCCCACGUCCCCUACAGCAGCUCUCGGUAUACCCGCGGCAGCAGGUUCCUCCACUAGUAAUGGCCGGAGGAGUCACUACUUGCUGAAGCGGCGACAGCUGUACAAGUUCGGGAUGCGGGGGAGCGAAGCCGGAUGCUUUACCUGGCCGAGAGGCCUCGCGGUUGGCCCUGACAAUUCCAUCGUCGUGGCCGACAGCUCCAAUCAUCGUGUUCAAGUGUUCGAUUGCAACGGGAACUUCAUGAAGGAGUUCGGAACGUACGGCAGCGGCGAGGGUGAAUUCGACUGCCUCGCCGGAGUGGCCGUGAACAGGAUCGGGCAGUACAUCAUCGCGGAUCGUUACAACCAUAGGAUUCAGGUUCUCGAUCCUUCCGGUCGUUUUCUCAGAGCCUUCGGCUCCCAAGGGACCGCCGACGGUCGGUUUAAUUAUCCCUGGGGAAUCACCACCGACGCUCUUGGAUUUAUUUACGUGUGCGAUAAAGAGAACCAUCGCGUACAGGUAUUUCAGUCGGACGGCACGUUCGUGGGCAAAUUCGGUUCCUGCGGAAGCGGUCGCGGCCAGCUGGAGCACCCUCAUUACAUCGCGGUGAGCAACACAAACCGCGUGAUCGUCAGCGACGGCAACAACCACCGUAUCCAGAUAUUCGACGUGAACGGCCGCGUGCUGACCUCCUUCGGAUCCGAGGGCUCCGACGAGGGUCAGUUCAAGUUCCCAAGGGGUGUCGCUGUGGACGACCAAGGCUACAUCGUCGUCGCCGACUCUGGCAACAACAGGAUACAGAUAUUCAGCCCAGAGGGGGCGUUCCUCAAGUGUUUCGGCGGCUGGGGUAGCGGUGACGGUGAAUUCAAGGGCCUAGAGGGUGUUGCCGUCACGUCGACCGGUAACAUCGUCGUGUGCGAUCGCGAGAAUCACCGCGUUCAAGUCUUCUAAUUUCGAUUUCACUUCGUUUCGUUUCGACUCUCCUCUCCGUUCUAUCUUCUGUGAUUCUUGUCGACCACGCACACGUCGAACGAUCACCAACGAGAGGCUGUCUGUUUCAGUAGAAAAUGUAUUUUGUUACGACGUUUCUUGACGGAAGGACGGAAGGUUCCUUGAUUUUCAAAUCAAAUGGGUUUCCAGACCGAAAGAACGAAUGAGACACGUCGCCGUUAACCGCUUGCUUGCGUUAGAAAUUAACACGUAGCUGCGUUGUGCUGAGCUAAUCUCUUCUUACAAGCUUCGGUAUCUUUCUCUCGAUGGGAAAGAUGCGUUUGAACGAUCGGCUGGAAAUUUUCGCGUUCCUCUCUACCGUUUCGAUGUCGAUGCGUCUCACUGCGGCGACGAUGGGAUCGAAAAGGAACUUUUGGACGUCGGUGAAUUGAGAAGUUUUAGCUUGAAGAAUGAAACAAAA